GAAAAAUAGCGAUGUGCAAACAUUUAAUAUUUAUUUCAUAUUCGUUUGUUAUUUAGUGUUGUAGUAUGUUAUUUUUAAUUAAUUUUGCGUUUAGUUAUAUUGUUGAUCGAAUAACAAGAUAACAACAUUCACUGUUUUCAUGUAAUGCGGCUAAUCAUCGGCAAUGCCUUAUUUAUMGGCAGCCCGAGAGAACAGCCACAGCGAUAGUCGACUGAAGUUGUUCAAUGGUCUAUUCCGAUGGAAGAAAUCAGAAAAACAAAAACUAAAAGCCAGGCAGCUAAGUAAAAGUGAAGUUUGUAUAGCAACAUCGAUGUCCGUGAAAACAAGAAAUUCGUGUCCUGCAUCUCCUGCUCUUUCUAUGCCCAGAUCUAGAGACUUUUUCCAGGACAUGGAGGCACUUAAAAUCUCUAGACAUGACAAUCCAUAUUUGCAGUGGUAUUUAGUAAAAUAUUACACCAUUUUAAUUUCCGUAGGUGGUUCUUCGAGCUGUGUGGUUUCACCACGAUAUAACCACCAAUCUAGAUGUCACCGAUCAGCUAGUGAAUCUCGAGGUAAACAUGUUUAAACCUUACAUAAUAUUCACCUGGUAAAUAUUGUUUGGUUGGAAAAUCUUUCAUGAUAUUGAGCAUUUGUAUAAAAUUACGCAAAAUCAUAUUCCKACUGGAGGCUGAGAAAAUUGAAGUACAUAAGUUUACUCAUUAACUUGCCGUAACUUUAUUUUAAAUAACUGACAGGUAUUUACUACAAAAUGGCGCAUAUGAGGAAAAUAAAAAGUUUGUGAAAGAA